GUCCCUCUUCGCCUGUGAACCGCCGCCGCUCCGCCCACCAAACUACGCCCCCUCCCUCCCCCAUGGCGGCCAAGCCCGCCCUCUCCCUCCUGUUGGCCGUGCUGGCCUGCACGGGGCCCGCCCGCUCCUCCCCUCCCCUCCUGCUCCGCCCCCGGGAGAGAGAGAGGGACUUGGGCGUAGUCAACAUCGCUGUGGUCCACUCGGGCUCCUCCCUGCUCCCGGAGACGGCCGCUUCUGGGGGAACGGGCGCCACGGGCGGGCCUGGGGGGCCUCAGGGAAGGGGGGCCUCGUCGUCAUUGGCUACGGUGGCGGCGUCCACGCCGCUGGCGUCUGCGUCGGUGGCUCUGGUGGGCGACAGCGUGAUGACGCAGUAUGGCCCGGCCAACGUGAUAUACCUGACGGUGAACGAGAGCAGCCCGGCGAGCCUUCUGCUGCAGCUGUGUGAACUGCUGGCGACCACACCGCUCCAGGGCCUGGUGUUCGAGGAGGAGAGGCCCCCACCACCCAACCAGGCUCCCCUGGCCCCCAUGAUGGAGUUUGUCUCGGCCCAGACCGGAGUGCCCGUUGUGGCUGUGGGAGGAGGGGCCGGCCUGGGCAGGGAGCCUCAGGUAACUACCUGGCUGUGACCUUUCCAUUUUUAAUGGACUUCAAGUAAUCAAUCAGUCUGUCGUGGCAGAAUUAUUGCAUUUUCCAGAACAAGUCCUAAGUUACUGUGUGUUUGAAGCCUCAUCUUACCCAGUGGGCAGAAUUUGGCUUCUUCAUUUUCUGGUUGUAAACUGGGUUUCUGGUUGAGAAGACGUCAUAAAAUCAGAUUGCAACCAACUGGUCUCUGUUACAACCAGGUAAAGAUGUAUUUUUCAAGACAUCAUGGGAAAGACGUUGUAUUUUGGUUGUUAUCUGGUUGCUAAAAAAAUAAUCACAAAACGUCCCCCUUAUACAACUAGUAUGAUGACGUCAUCUUUUCAACAAUUGUUGCCCGCUGUAUACAGUGUGGUCUGAGUAGGAGAACACUACUUCAGGCCUCGAGGGCCGCAGUCCUGCUGCUUUUUGUGUCUGCCUGGUACUUACUAUAAUUGAACAAUUAAUGUCACUGAUUGCUGGGAGGGUUCAACACUUGGUUUACAAAGGUCAAAAUCAGCCACUGAUGAAACAGACAACAGAGAGAGUGGCCCUCGAGGAGUUGUGCAACCCUACCUUUAGAGACUCUCUCAAUGGCAUAUCCUGUCUAAGUGUACUUACAGUGCCUUGCAAAAGUAUUCAUCCCCCAUGGCGUUUUAUUUUGAUGCAUUACAACCUGUAAUUUAAAUAUUUUUUAUUUGGAUUUCAUGUAAUGGACAUACACAAAAUAGUCCAAAUUGGUGAAGUGAAAAAAAUGCGAAAAAAUAAAUAAUGGAAAAGUGGUAUGUAUUCACCCCCUUUGCUAUGAAUUCCCUAAUUAAGAUCUGGUGCAACCAAUUACCUUCAGAAGUCACAUAAUUAGUUAAAUAAAGUCCACCUGUGUGCAAUCUAAGUGUCACAUGAUCUGUCACAUAAUCUCAGUAUAUAUACACCUGUUCUGAAUGGCCCCAGAGUAUGCAACACCACUAAGCAAGGGGCACCACCAAGCAAGUGGCACCAUGAAGACCAAGGAGCUCUCCAAACAGGUCAGGGAUGGGUUAUAAAAAAUAUCAGAAACUUUGAACAUCCAACGGAGCAUCAUUAAAUCCAUUAUUAAAAAAUGGAAAGAAUCUGGAACCACAACAAACCUGCCAAGAGAGGGCCGCCCACCAAAACUCACGGCCCAGGCAAGGAGGGCAUUAAUCAGAGGCAACAAAGAGGCCGAAGAUAACCCUGAAGGAGCUGCAAAGCUCCACAUCGGAGAUUGGAGUAUCUGUCCAUAGGACCACUUUAGGCCGUACACUCCACAGAGCUGGGCUUUACGGAAGAGUGGCCAGAAAAAAGCCAUUGCUUCAAGAAAAAAAUAAGCAAACACGUUUGGUGUUCGCCAAAAGGCAUGUGGGAGACCCCCCAAACAUAUGGAAGAAGGUACUCUGGUCAGAUGAGACUAAAAUUGAGCUUUUUGGCCAUCAAGGAAAACACUAUGUCUGGCGCAAACCCAACACCUCUCAUCACCCCGAGAACACCAUCCCCACUGUGAAGCAUGGUGGUGGCAGCAUCAUGCUGUGGGGAUGUUUUUCAUCGGCAGGGACUGGUCAGAAUUGAAGGAAUGAUGGAUGGCGCUAAAUACAGGGAAAUUCUUGAGGGAAACCUGUUUCAGUCUUCCAGAGAUUUGAGACUGGGACAGAGGUUCACCUUUCAGCAGGACAAUGAGCCUAAGCAUACUGCUAAAGCCACACUUGAGUGGUUUAAGGGGAAACAUUUAAAUGUCUUGGAAUAGCCAAGUCAAAGCCCAGACCUCAAUCCAAUUGAGAAUCUGUGGUAUGACUUAAAGAUUGCGGUACACCAGCGGAACCCAUCCAACUUGAAGGAGCUGGAGCAGUUUUGCCUUGAAGAAUGGGCAAAAAUCCUUAUAGAGACAUACCCCAAGAGACUAGCAGCUGUAAUUGCUGCAAAAGGUGGCUUUACAAAGUAUUGACUUGAGGGGGUGAAUAGUUAUGCACGCUCAAGUUGUCUGUUUUUUUGUCUUAUUUCUUGUUUGUUUCACCCCCAAAAAUAUUUUGCAUCUUCAUAGUGGUAUGCAUGUUGGGUAAAUCAAUUGAUUCAAAUCCCCCCAAAAUCCAUUUUAAUUCCAGGUUGUAAGGCAACAAAAUAGGAAAAAUGGGGGGUGAAUACUUUUGAAAGCCACUGUAUACGCUUAUUCGCAACCCAGUCCUAUUUGGGAUAACCCAACCCUUAAAGGCAACCCAGACCUUUGCCUAGCACCUUUAAUCAGUCUUUCUUCUCAAACUCAAAUGUAUAAUUUGAUGCUUAACCUAUUUUUGUACACAUAUCCAACUGUGAACCUUUCUACAAUUACAGGCUUCAUUCAAGUAUCACUUGGCCUUGUUAAUUGUGCACAGUGCAUUCGGAAAGCAUUCAGACCCCUUGACUUUUUCCACAUUUUGUUACGUUACAGCCUUAUUCUAAAAUUGAUUUUUUUUAAAUCAUCAAUCUCACACAAUACCCCAUAAUGACAAAGCGAAAACAGGUUUAUAAAAAAUCAAAAACAGAAAUACCUUAUUUACAUCAUUAUUCAGACCCUUUGCUAUGAGACUCGACAUUGAGCUCAGGUGCAUCCUGUUUCCAUUGAUCAUCCUUAAAAUGUUUCUACAACUUGAUUGGAGUCCACCUGUGGUAAAUUCAAUUGAUUGGACAUGAUUUGUAAAGGCACACACCUGUCUAUAUAAGGUCGACAGUGCAUGUCAGAGCAAAAACCAAGCCAUGAGGUCGAAGGAAUUGUCCGUAGAGCUCCGAGACAGGAUUGUGUCGAGGCACAGAUCUGGGGAAGGGUACCAAAAACUGUCUGCAGCAUUGAAGGUCCCCAAGAACAGAGUGGCUUCCAGCAUUCUUAAAUGGAAGAAGUUUGGAACCACCAGACUCUUCCUAUAGCUGGCCGCCCGACCAAAGUUACCAAUCGGGGGAGAAGGGCCUUGGUCAGGGAGGUGACCAAGAACCCGAUGGCCACUCUGACAGAGCUCCAGAGUUCCUCUGUGGCGAUGGGAGAACCUUCCAGAAGGACAACCAUCUCUGCAGCACUCCACCAAUCAGGCCUUUAUGAUAGAGUGGCCAGACAAAACAAGAUUCUCUGGUCUGAUGAAACCAAAAUUGAACUCUUUGGCCUGAAUGCCAAGCGUCACAUCUGGAGGAAACCUGGCACAAGCAUGGUGGUGGCAGCAACAUGCUGUGGGACUGUUUUUCAGCGGCAGGGACUGGGAGACUAGUCAGGAUCGAGGGAAAGAGGAACAGAGCAAAGUACAGAGAGAUCCUUGAUGAAAACCUGCUCCAGAGCACUCAGUACCUCAGACUGGGGCGAAGGUUCACCUUCCAACAGCACAACGACCCUAAGCACACAGCCAAGACAACGCAGGAGUGGCUUCGGGACAAGUCUCUGAAUGUUCUUGAGUGGCCCAGCCAGAGCCCGGACUUGAACCCGAUCUAACAUCUCUAGUGGACCUGAAAAUAGCUGUGCAGUGAUGCUCCCCAUCCAACCUGACAGAGCUUGAGUGGAUCUGCUGAGAAGAAUGGGAGAAACUCCCCAAAUACAGGUGUGCCAAGCUUGUAGUGUCAUACCCAAAAAGACUCAAGUUGUAAUCGCUGCCAAAGGUGCUUCAACAAAGUACUGAGUAAAGGGUCUGAAUACUUAUGUAAAUGUGAUAUUACAGUUUCUAAUUUUUUAUACAUUUGCAAAAAUAUUGCAUUAUGGGGUAUUGUGUGUAGAUUGAUAAUUUUAGAGUAAGGCUGUAAUGUAACAAAAUGUGGAAAAGGUCAAGGGGUCUGAAUACUUUCCGAAUGCACUGUAGCUUUCUGAAAAAUGUACAGUUGAAGUCGGAAGUUUACAUACACUUAGGUUGGAGUCAUUAAAACUUGUUUUUCAACCACUCCACAAAUGUAUUGUUAACAAACUAUAGUUUUGGCAAGUCAGUUAGGACAUCUACUUUGUGCAUGACACAAGUAAUUUUUCCAACAAUUGUUUACAGACAGAUUAUUUCACUUAUAAUUCACUGUAUCACAAUUCCAGUGGGUCAGAAGUUUACAUACACUAAGUUGACUGUGCCUUUAAACAGCUUGGAAAAUUCCAGAAAAUGAUGUCAUGGCUUUAGAAGCUUCUGAUAGGCUAAUUGACAUAAUUUGAGUCAAUUGGAGGUGUACCUGUUGAUGUAUUUCAAGGCCUACCUUCAAACUCAGUGCCUCUUUGCUUAACAUCAUGGGAAAAUCCAAAGAAAUCAGCCAAGACCUCAGAAAAAUAAUUCUAGACCUCUGCGAGUCUGGUUCAUCCUUGGGAGCAAUUUCCAAAAGUGCAAAUCAAUCCCAGAACAACAGCAAAGGACCUUGUGAAGAUGCUGGAGGAAACAGGUACAAAAGUAUCUAUAUCCACAGUAAAAUGAGUCCUAUAUCGACAUAACCUGAAAGGCCGUUCAGAAAGGAAGAAGCCACUGCUCCAAAACCGCCAUAAAAAAGCCAGACUACAGUUUGCAACUGCACAUGGGGACAAAGAUCGUACUUUUUGGAGAAAUGUCCUCUGGUCUGAUGUAACAAAAAUAGAACUGUUUGGCCAUAAUGACCAUCGUUAUGUUUGGAGGAAAAAGGGGAAUGCUUGCAAGCCGAAGAACACCAUCUCAACCGUGAAGCACGGGGGUGGUAGCAUCAUGCUGUGGGGGUGCUUUGCUGCAGGAGGGACUGGUGCACUUCACAAAAUAGAUGGCAUCAUGAGGAAGGAAAAUUAUGUGGAUAUAUUGAAGCAACAUCUCAAGACAUCAGUCAGGAAGUUAAAGCUUGGUCGCAAAUGGGUCUUCCAAAUGGACAAUGACCCCAAGCAUACUUCCAAAGUUGUGGCAAAAUGGCUUAAGGACAACAAAGUCAAGGUAUUGGAGUGGCCAUCACAAAGCCCUGACCUCAAUCCUAUAGAAGAUUUGUGGGCAGAACUGGAAAAAGCAUGUGCGAGCAAGGAGGCAUUGAUUAUGCAAGAAUGGGCUGCCAUCAAUCAGGAUGUGGCCCAGAAGUUAAUUGACAACAUGCCAGGGCGGAUUGCAGAGGUUUUGAAAAGAAGGGUCAAUACUGCAAAUAUUGACUCUUUGCAUACGCCAUCCCAUCUGGUUUGGGCUUAGUGGGGCUAUCAUUUGUUUUUCAACAGGACAAUGACCCAACACACCUCCAGGGUGUGUAAGGGCUAUUUUACCAAGAAGGAGAGUGAUGGAGUGCUGCAUCAGAUGACCUGGCCUCCACAAUCCCCCGACCUCAACGCAAUUGAGAUGGUUUGGGAUGAGUCGGACGGCAUAGUGAAGGAAAAGCAGCCAACAUGUGCUCAGCAUAUGUGGGAACUCCUUCAAGACUGUUGGAAAAGUAUUCCAGGUGAAGCUGGUUGAGAGAAUGCCAAGAGUGUGGAAAGCUGUCAUAAAGGCAAAGGGUGGCUAUUUGAAGAAUCUCAAAUAUAAACUACAUUCUGAUUUGUUUAACAGUUUUUUGGUUACUACAUGAUUCCAUAUGGGUUAUUUCAUAGUUUUGAUGUCUUCACUAUUAUUCUACAAUGUAAAAAAUAGUAAAAAUAAAGAAAAACCCUUGAAUGAGUAGGUGUGUCCAAACUUUUGACUAGUAGUGUAGUUCCUUCUAAAUUGUAUCCCUCUGUUCAGAGAUGGGCAGUAUUUCUGUUACAUGUAUUUGAAAUACCUAUUUCAAUUACUUUUGAGUAUUUUGUCAUUUGUAUUUCACUGUCCUGAACUACAAUCCAAUGUAUUUUGUAACAAGAUACUUUAGAGCAGUGUUUCCCAAACUCGGUCCCGGGGACCCCAAGGGGUGCACAUUUAGUUUUUUGCCCUAGCACUACACAGCUGAUUCAAGUAAUCAACUAAUCAUCAAUAUUUGUUUAUUUGAAUCAGUUGUGUAGUGCUAGGGCAAAACACAAAAUGUGCACUACUUGGGGUCCCCAGGUCCGAGUUUGGGACAAUACAAAAUACUUUUCUGUACCAUUGUUUUUAUAGCGGUUCACAAUUUUGUGGCCCCCUAUCACCCCAAAUUUGCUGCAUUGGUAUCAGAAGUAUGAUGGCACUAGGGUAUGAUAAGAGUGUCUGAUAAAUGACCAGAAUUUUAAAAUGAACACUUGCAUAGCACACUGGGUAUUAUUUGAAUGAGCUCUGCCCACAAACAAGUCCACAUUUGAUUAAAAUACUAAUUGUUUGGGGGCAGAGCUCAUUAGAAAAUAAUACCCAAUGUGCUUUGCAAGUGCUCAUUUUUACACAUUUACAUUUUGGUCAUUUAGCAGACACUAUUAUCCAGAGUGUCUUACAGCAGUCAGUGAAUUCAACUAAGGUAGAUAAACAACGACAUCACAGUCAUAGCAAGUACAACGUUUCUGUAAUCGUUACUGAGAAUGUUGUUGUAGUUAAUGGGGCUACUUGCACAUAUUUUAAUUCAAUACAUUACUUGGCAAAAGUAUUUUGUAUUUUCUAACAAAAAACAUUUUUAAGUGUCUUUACCCAUCUAUGCCUCUGUUAUCUUGUCUGUCUUAUGUAUAAGGUUCUAGAAACCUUAUCCUCUACUUUUUCUUAAACCUUUCAGUACAGUGUCUUCCAUUCCUCUCUCCAUUCCUCAAUCUGUUCUUAUCCUAAUCUAAUCUAAAAGAACUGGACAAUUGUAGGCUUUCCUCAUAUCACUUUUACUUGUCCAGUCUGGUCAGAUCAGUGAAGAUAAAGGAAAGGAGUCAAGGAGAGGAAGGCACGUCUUUUUAAUUGAAAUAAAAUGAAAUAAAAAUGAUUUGUCAAAUAGACAACAGAUGUAGACUAACAGUGAAAUGCUUACUUUCAGGGCCUUUUCUAACAAUGCAGAGUUAAAGAUAAGAUUACAAUUUUUUAUAAAAAAUAGAAAUAGUGGCACAGUGAAUAACUAAUAAUUUAACACACAUCUGGUAAAAAAAAAACAAAGGGAGAUACAUGGUGUGUUCCAAACGACACCCUAUUCCCUACAUAGUGCACUACUUUUAACCAGGGCCCAUAAGGCUCUGGUCAAAAGUAAUGCACUAUAAAGGGAAUAGGUUGCCAUUUGGGACAUACUGCAGGAUUGUACUGGAAAGACAUCACAGUAGUCCCUGUCACAUGUCUACACAAGACAGACAAAGAAAGGGAGGAAGGCUAUUGAGACUGGAAUUCAAUUACAAUGGCCAUAUCGAUGUUCGCGCGGUGUCUUUGUGUAAAAACUACUAUCUACGCAUGUAGUUACUCUUAAAACAGGAAGCUUUGAAAUGAGUCUACCUGAGGGUAGCAGCUGUAGUAGGGUUUUUAUAGUACCCAUAGACAUUGUGUGAUUAUAGGCCUAUUUAACCAUGGGUAAAAUUGCAAUGGCAUGAAUGUAAAACCACUGAAUAGGUAAAAAACUUGAUGCACCACAACUUUAAUGGAUCUUUCUAACCAACGUUAUGGUCUAAAAAGACCUUUAUCAGACUAAGCAACUGGACUAAGCGUGUAGGAUUGAAUUAAGCUCACACUGUCAUUCUCACUUUACCUUACUCUCAACAUGGACCAUGUUCAGUAGGGAGAAACUGUGUUCUUAUUGGACAAGUUCAGAUACUACCUCCUCGUUUCACACUUUUACAAAAUGUGUUCUCCCUAUUAAACAAGAUACUGGACUCCACUGUAUUCAUAAAACGUCUCAGCGUAGGAGUGCUGAUCUAGGAUCAGGUCUCUCCUGUCCAUGUAUCUUACUCAUUAUGAUCUAAAAUGCAAAACUGAUUCUAUAUCAGCACUCCUACUCUGAGACUCAUUGUGAAUACGAGGCCUUGAUUCCUCUUCUAUCCUCCUGAGACCCAGCAAUUCAUUUUUGUCCUCUCUAGUGGACAUCCGUUCUUGGUCCGUAUCGCUGAGGCCAUACAGGCCACUGUAUUAUUUGAGAGGACAUUCUGGGCUUUUCAAUGAUAUCACAUGCGUGGGGGUGUGACCUUGACAACUUUAUCUUCCUGGUUCUUUGAAAAAUGGCUGGCGUGAAAAUUAGCACAUUUAAUGGAACAAUUUUACGAAGUGUGUGUAAUUAUUAAUGAUAAUUUUUGUGAGUUUGAUAUUGAAAUUGCUUCUAGUAAGUGAAUAUCUCAGGAAUAGUUAAGUGGGUUUUCAGGACCGUGUAGAACUUUUUUCACAUGAAAGAAGAGCUAAAUUAAGAGCUUAUCAAGAAAUGUCCUCUGUAGUGGUCCCGGAUGCCGCAACUAGGUUUUUCACCUACUGUACCCAUUGACUGUAAUGUAAAUGUUUUUCAGCUGCUGUACCCAUUGACUGUAAUGUAAAUGUAUAAUAUUUACGUCCUAAUGACCACUACAGAGAACAAUUUUGCACUUACAAUAAAAGAUAAAUAACAAUAUUUUUUCACAUUCUUUUCUUGGUAACAUGUUUUUUCUCACCCCAAAUACUUCUGAUAUGUAAAAAAUAUAUAUGUAAUCCCCCCAAAAUGUUAUUUUUUGGGGGGUCUCAGGAGGCAAAAGCAGAAAAUAAAACUCUGUUCACUUACUACCUCCCCAUUUCACUCAGCUUCAAAAUGUUUUCUCCCUACUGAACACAACCCUCUAGGAGACAGCACCGUCCUCCAGUUCACUGCACUCUCUUUCUCUUUCCGUGUCCUGAAAACCCAUUUCACUCUUUAGGAGAGUGGCUCCAUCUACCUCCAGUUCACCUGCUCCACAGCCAUGCAGCUGGACGUGAUCUUCGAGGUGCUGGAGGAGUUUGACUGGACCUCCUUCUCCGUGGUGGCUACACGUCACCAUGGCUACGAGGACUUCCUGGCCAUGGUGGAGGGCCUGACGGACGGAUCCUUCAUCGGCUGGGAGAAGAAGGGCGUGGUCAUGCUCAACGUCACCGACGACCCGGGAGGGACGCGCACACGCAGGCUGCUCAAGGAGAACGAGGCGCAGGUGAGACGGCGACGACCUUCCAUUUUUUUUAUUUGCCUUAUUUUUAUGCUUCAUCUUUUUCUAAUGGUACAGAAGUAGAGGGGAAUACUGAUGAAGAGGGGAGACACAGGAAGGACAGACGCUGGGGAUUGAACCCAGGUCUACACUGGGGACCUUUUUAUUCACUCUUCUUAAUCAUUUAGUCAUUUUUAUUUCUUUAGACAGGGUUGAAGGUAGAAGGGAGACUACAGAAUAGCUGUGUGACUGGGGUUGGAUCCCACACUGAAUAGCUGUGUGACUGGGGUUGGAUCCCACACUGAAAGUGUAAACAUGCAGUUGUGUCCGGUUGGGCGGCAGGUAGCUUAGUGGGUAAGAGCGUUGUGCCAGUAACCGAAAGGUCGCUGGUUCUAAUCCCCGAGCCGAGUAGGUGAAAAAUCUGUCAAUUUGCCCUUAAGCAAGGCACUUAACCCUAAUUGCUCCUGUAAGUCGCUCUGGAUAAGAGCGUCUGCUAAAUGACUUAAAUGUAAAUGUCCUGUGCAUUCCCAGUCUGCGCUAAAAGCUCCAUAGACCAUCAGACUGUGCUGCAGAUGGUAGCUCAACCCGCUAUACCAGCCCCAGGCACAGGACUGUGGGGACCUUUGUUGUAUUUCAUGCCGUCGUCCUUUCAUUGCAGUGUACCUGUACAGCAGGACAGUCUUUCUCCACCUUGUUCCCGGGGACCCUGCUGUGGAGUCUAAUUAGUACAGAAUUGUCUUGGUAUCCAAUUACCUGAAAGACACUCCAAUCACCUGUCUUGGAAAUAUGCUAAGACAUUCUGCCAAUUUUUCAGAAUACUUAAUAAAUUAACUGGAAUACUUAAAAUAGUUAGACCUGGGAUGGUGAAUUUAGGAUUUUCUUCCAUGUAAUUGAAACCCUGCUGUAGAUGGUCUUUUUGACACAUACAGUGGCUUGCGAAAGUAUUCACCCCCUUGGCAUUUUUCCUAUUUUGUUGCCUUACAACCUGGAAUUAAAAUGGAUUUGUGGGGGGUUUGUAUCAUUUGAUUUACACAACAUGCCUACCACUUUGAAGAUGCAAAAUAUUUUUGAUUGUGAAACAAACAACAAAUAAGACAAAAAAACUGAAAACUUGAGCGUGCAUAACUAUUCACCCCCCCCCCCCCCAAAGUCAAUACUUUGUAGAGCCACCUUUUGCAGCAAUUACAGCUUCAAGUCUCUUGGGCUAUGUCUCUAUAAGCUUGGCACAUCCAGCCACUGGGAUUUAUGCCCAUUCUUCAAUGUAAAACUGCUCCAGUUCCUUCAAGUUGGAUGGGUUCUGCUGCUGUACAGCAAUCUUUAAGCCAUACCACAGAUUCUCAAUUGGAUUGAGGUCUGGGCUUUGACUAGGCCAUUCCAAGACAUUUCAAUGUUUCCCCUUAAACCACUCAAGUGUUGCUUUAGCAGUAUGCUUAGGGUCAUUGUCCUGCUGGAAGGUGAACCUCUGUCCUAGUCUCAAAUCUCUGGAAGACUGAAACAGGUUUCCCUCAAGAAUUUCCCUGUAUUUCCCUAGUCCCUGCCGAUGAAAAACAUCCCCACAGCAUGAUGCUGCCACCACCAUGCUUCACUCUGGGGAUGGUGUUCUCGGGGUGAUGAGAGGUGUUGGGUUUGCGCCAGACAUAGCAUUUUCCUUGAUUGCCAAAAAGCUCAAUUUUAGUCUCAUCUGACCAGAGUACCUUCUUCCAUAUGUUUGGGGAGUCUCCCACAUGCCCUUUGGCGAACACCAAACGUGUUUGCUUAUUUCUUUCUUUAAGCAAUGGCUUUUUUCUGGCCACUCUUCCGAAAAGCCCAGCUCUGUGGAGUGUUUGGCUUAAAGUGGUCCUAUGGACAGAUACUCCAAUAUCUGCUGUGGAGCUUUGCAGCUCCUUCAAGGCUAUAUUUGGUCUCUUUGUUGCCUCUCUGAUUAAUGCCGUCCAUUACAUUAAAUGCAAAUAAAAAUGACAGGUUGUAAUGCAACAAAAUAGGAAAAAUGCUAAGGGGGAUGAAUACUUUUGCAAGGCACUGUAUGUAAAUAAGAAAUAAUAGAAUUUAAAAAGAAAAAAAUAAUAUGACAUUAUGCUCAAAAUACUGUCCACUGCUGCAGCCUGAGUGGGAAAUGGUCUGAAUUGAGAUGUUUUCAAAGAGGGCAGUGAAUGGGGUCAGCAACUCCCCCAAAACUGCCACAGUGUGACUGACAUCAUUUGACCUAGUUCGGUCCAACAAGACUCCCACUUAACCGCUCGCUCCCCCCCCCCCCUCCCCCUACCCUCUUCUUCCCAUCCUCCUCCCCCGCUCCUUCCAGGUGCGUCUCCUCUACUGCUCCCAGGAGGAGGCCGCACUGAUCUUCAAGGCGGCCUGGGCCUCGGGUCAGGCCGGACACUCCCACAUGUGGUUCGCCGUGGGGCCAGCCCUGUCCGGCCUUGGCCUGGAGGGCCUCCCCAAGGCCUUGUUCGCAGUGCGUCCGCAGGGCUGGAGGGACGAGCCCCGCAGGAGGAUCGCCAAAGGGGUGUCUGUGCUGACCCACGGAGCCAUGGCUUUGAGGAAGGAGUACGGCUGGGCCCGAGGGCCACACUUCUUCGCAGGCAACUGCCAGACAGAUGGCAACCAGACGCAGAGGGUGCCAGACAGGAUCAGGUGAGGAGAGCGGAGGUGCUCCUUCAGAACUCUCAGGGGGGAGAACUGCUCAGCUGUGGCAGAGGACUGGCACUUGCUGCUGCUGGCUGCUUCUCUCUCUCUCUCUCUCUCUCUCUCUCUCUCACUGCUCUCUCUCUCUCUCUCUCUCACUGCUCUCUCUCUCUCUCUCUCUCUCUCUCUCUCUCUCUCUCUCACUGCUCUCUCUCUCUCUCUCUCUCUCUCUCUCACUGCUCUCUCUCUCUCUCUCUCUCUCUCUCUCUCUCGCUCUCUCUCUGCUUCUUUCUCUCCAUCUCCUUCUCUCUCUAUUUCUCUGCCUGCCUCUUUCUGUCCAUCUGCUUCUCUCUAUCCUCAGUGUCUCUCUGCCUCUCAUUCUCUCUCUUCUCUUUCUCCCCCUCUCUCUCUUUCUGUCUCUGUCUAUGUCUGCCUCUCUAUGUCUCUGUGUCUCUGCCUCUUUGUCUUUCCUUCUCCUCUCUCUCUCUCUCUCUCUCUCUCUCUCUCUCUCUCUCUCUCUCUCUCUCUCUCUCAGCCUUUCUCUGUCAUCUCUGAUUAUCUCUUUGUGUCUGUCUCUGCCCCUCUCUCUCUCUCUCUCCCCCUUGACUGCCUCUCUCUCCCCAUCAACAGCUGAAACACCUCAACCCCCCCCCCCCCUCUCUCUCUCUCUCUCGCUCUCUCUCUCACCCUCAUUUUAUCUCUCUCUCCCUGUCUAGUUCCCAGUUGUGUAUGAGAAGUCUCUGUAUCUCCCUCCGUCUGUCUUUUGCUGCCUGUCAACCGUGUCUCAUAGGUGACUCCUCCAAGUCCCUCCUGUCAUUCAUUCAGUACAUUUGUCUGAAAGAUACAUGAGCCAUUUGUACAUACAGUAUGUCCAUGUCCGUCCGGAUACAGUACGUGUCAGAAUAAAGUAAUGAAUCAGAAUCAGAACAUGAGCCAUGUUCUUGUGUUGAAUUAAAUAUACAUGAACCAUGCUAAUUUGUGAAUCAAGUUAAAGAGACAUGACUUAUGUCCAUAUGAAUCAAGUUAAAGGUGCAAGACUUGUUGAGUCGCUGCAAAUCAAGUUAAUUACCUUUUACUGCAGUGGGCUGAAUCAGGGUCACACAGAGUGUUUCUUGGUAGUCUUAAACAAAUCUACUUUGAAACAAAAGUAUACACCUCACACACAUGGUUAUGGGCUUAAAAAAAGAAGACAUCUGUACCAUGUCAGAUAUAGAGCUGAAAUGUAUUCAAUUUUGAGUUUGCAUCCCAAUAUUACACUUUAUAUACAUCACAGAAGACUGAAAUAUAACAAGACCGUUUGACAUAGAAACACCGGAUUUUCAGCAAAAAAAGUGUAUUAAUUAUGAAAUUAUUAAAAAUAUUAAUAACAUUCCACCCAUGAGGUCACUGGAGGAUGAUUUGGUCAUUUGACUGCAGGAAAGGGGCUACAGAUACAUGACUUGUUAAGUCAAUGUGAAUCAAGUUAAAGAUACUGUACAUGACAUGUAUGAAAAAUGUAUGCACUCACUAACUGUAAGUCGCUCUGGAUAAGAGCGUCUGCUAAAUGACUGAAAUGUAAAUGUAAAAUGUUGAGUCCAUAUAAAUCAUGUUAAAGAUACAUGACUUGUCUAUGCGAAUCAAGCUAGUUUAUUGACUAGCAUUGGGGGAUUAAAUGAACUGAUGAGGAUGUAAUCCGUAAUAACUACAAAGGCCUGGUCAUACUUUAUUUGGAUAGUUAUUUGGAUCUGUAGAUGCUGUACAGAUGGUCAUACUAUCUUCAAACUAUCUGUUGAUAAGCAACUGCUUGCUAAGGUUACAGUUAGGGUUAGGUUUAGAGUAAGGGUUAGGACUAGGGUUAAGUUUAGGGUUAGGAUAAGGGUUAGGGUUAGGCCUAAGGUUAGUAGAUCGUUAGUUGAAAUGAUACUGAUAGGCUGUAGAUACAGUGCCUUCAGAAAGUAUUCAUACCCCUUGACUUAUUCCACAUUUUGUUGUGUUACAGCCUGAAUUCAAAAUGGAUUUUUUUUUUUUAUUCUCACAAUCUAUACACAAUAACCCAUAAUGACAAAGUGAAAGCGUGUUUUUAGAAAUGUUUACAAAUGUAUUGAAAAUGAAAUACAGAAAUAUCUAAUUUACAUAAGUAUUCACACCCCUGAGUCAAUAGACGUUAGAAUCCCCUUUGGCAGCGAUUACAUCUGUAAGUCUUUCUGGGUAAGUCUAACAGAGCUUUGCACACCUGGAUUGUGCAACAUUUAGCUACCUAUUAUUCUUUUCAAAAUUCUUCAAGCUCUGGCAAAUUGGGUGUUGAUCAUUGCUAGACAACCAUUUUCAGGUCUUGCCAUAGAUUUUCAAGCAGAUUUAAGUAAAAACUGUUACUCAGCCACUCAGGAACGUUCACUGUCUUCUUGGUAAGAAACUAUAGUGUAGAUUUGGCCUUGUGUUGUAGGUUAUUGUCCUGCAGAAAGGUGAAUUCAUCUCCCAGUGUCUGGUGGAAAGCAGGCGGAACCAGGUUUUCCUCUAGGAUAUUACCUGUGCCUCAAUUCCGUUAGUUUUUUUAUCCUGAAAAACUCCCCAGUCCUUAACGAUUACAAUCAUACCCAGAACAUGAUGCAGCCACCACUAUGCUUGAAAAUAUGGAGAGUGGUACUCAGUAAUGUGUUGAAUUGGAUUUGUCCCAAACAUAACACUUUGAAUUCAGGACAAAAAGUGAAUUGCUUUGCCACAAUGUUUGCAGCAUUAUUUUAGUGCCUUGUUGGAAACAGGAGGCAUGUUUUGGAGAAAAAAAAAUCUGUACAGGCUUACGUCUUUUCACUCAGUCAAUUAGUUUAGUAUUGUUGAGGAACUACAAUGUUGUUGAUCCAUCCUCAGUUUUCUCCUAUAACAGCCAUUAAACUCUGUAACUAAACUAUGUAACUGUUUUAAAGUCACCAUUGGCCUCAUGGUGAAAUCCCUGAGCAGUUUCCUUCCUCUCUGGUAACUGAGUUAAGAAGGACACCUGUAUCUUUGUAGUGACUGGGUGUAUUGAUACACCAUCCAAAGUGUAAUUAAUAACUUCACCAUGCUCAAAGGGAUAUUCAAAGUCUACCUUUUUUAUUUUUACCCUACAAAUAGGUGCCCUUCUUUGCGAGGCAUUGGAAAACCUCCCUGGUCUUUGAUGUUGAACCUGUCUUUGAAAUUCACUGCUCGACUGAGGGACCUUACAUAUAAUUGUAUGUGUGUGGUACAGAAAUGAGUUAGUCAUUCAAAAAUCAUGUUAAACACUAUUAUUGCACACAGAGUGAGUCCAUGCAACUUAUUAUGUGACUUGUUAAGCACAUUUUUACUCCUGAACGUAUUUAGACAUACCAUAACAAUACUUAUUGACACGACAUUUCAGCUUUUCAUUUUGUAUUAAUUUGUACACAUUUCUAAAAACAUAAUUCCACUUUGACAUUAUUACAAGAAAUCUCAAUUUAAUCAAUUUUAUAUUCAGGCUGUAACACAACAAAAUGUGGAAAAAGUCAAGGGGUGUGAAUACUUUCUGAAGGCAAAUAAAGUUUUACCAAAGGCCUAAAUGGUACCAAUUAAUUAAUUAAUUACCACUUACUGUUCAUUCAUUGUUAAUGUGUCAGCUAUAAUGGGUCUCUUUAAUACAUUUAUUUGACCAGUCAAGAUAAAACUACAAUUAUCUACAUCUCACCACUCUCCCUUCUUUCUCUCACAACCCUUUCUAUCUUUCACCAGCAUCCCCUUCCGUACCUCUCUGCACCUCUGUCAGCCCUGCACCCCUCUCUCCUCCCUCUAUCUCUCCCACAGCUAUGCUCUUUAUGCAUUGUUUUUAUUACACCAUUCAAUCUCAUCCUCAAUCUAAUUUCCUUCUCUCUCCCCUCCCUCCCUCCUUCCCUCCCACGCUCUCCCAUCUAUUGCCAUUUCACAACCCUCUCUCUCCUCUCUUUCUCCCUGCUUCACUCUUUUUCUCAUCACUCCAUCUCUUCCCUCUUUCUCUUCCUUUUCCCCAUCUCUCUCCUCCCUUGGUCCGACUCUAAAAGGGAUCUGAUGCGGCAUCGUUUUACAUGUAAAUAGGAUAAUUGAUAAUGGUGGCUUAGAUAUGUGGUAGUAGAGUAGUGGCCUGAGGGCACACACUUAAUGUGUUGUGAAAAGGGUUAUGAAAUGUAAUGUAAUAUUUUAAAUUGUAUAUUACUGCCUUAAUGUUAAUGGACCUUGGCAGCAGCUAAUGUUGAUCCUUAAUAAAUACAAAUACAAAUACAAAUGCAGGGUAGAAAUAUCGGAGGCAGUCACACACAGCCAUGAACCCAACUAGCCACCAGAGCUCCUCUGGCCUCUCUCUGUAUCUCCCGAGCCAUCGCUAUCAUGGCAGGGGCACUGUCAACAGAAUAGGGACACCCUCCCCCCCUCCCACCACAUGGCCCGUCCCGUUUCCGAAUGAAGGCGCUGGCACCAGUGAGGCAUGCAGCUCUAAAGCGAGUACAUUAAUGCGAAUGUUGUCUGAUGUUUAAAUAGCUAGUCACCCCCCCCCCCCUGCCCCCCCAACCCUCCACCCCUACGCCCCAUAUCACUCUCUCUCUCUCUCUCUCUCGCUCUCUCACUCUCUUUCCCUCUCUGCCUAUCCCUCUCUCUCUUUCCUGUCUUCUCUCUCUCUCUCUCUCUCUCUCUCUCUCUCUCUCUCUCUCUCUCUCUCUCUCUCUCUCUCUCUCUCUCGCUCUCUCUAUUCCUCCAUCCUUCUCUGUCUGAAUGCAUUAGCCAUUAUGAGUUGUCUUUGUUACGGCAUGAGAGACAAAUCUAUAUUCAAAUAUUCCGUAGCUUGUUCACCUCACAUUGUUCGGCAUCAGUGGAAACACAUGUAAUGUCAAUGACUGUGUGUUGCCAUGACAACAUGGCACUCACCAAGAGAGAUCAGUGAGAUUGCAGAGUUUAAGUGAAUGCUAACAUUAACACAUGAUCUUUUUUCAUCUUAUAAGGAAAGCAACUACUGAAUAGUUUGGUAUUUGUCAGCAGGAUUUUUUCUCUCUUUUUCCAAACCAUGAAAUAAUAAUUUGAAUGUAGAAUAGAGACCAAGGGUGUUUUCUGCUUUCAUUUCUUUACGCUUGGGUUUGGAUUUCUAUUCGCCGUCAGUAUUCUCUUUAUGGGCUUUGUUUAACAAAUCAUAUGUGAAAAGUAAUAAUGCCCUUUAUGACUCCUUCAUUCAGUCCUUACAUACAGUACCAGUCAAAUGUUUGAACACACCUACUCAUUCCAGGGUUUUUCUUUAUUUUUACUAUUUUCUACACUCAUGUUGUAACCAAAAAUGUGUUAAAUAAAUCAACAUAUAUUUUAUAUUUGAGAUUCUUCAAAGUAGCCACCCUUUGCCUUGAUGACUGUUUUCCACACUCUUGGCAUUCUCUCAACCAGCUUCAUGAGGCAGUCACCUGGAAUGCAUUUCAAUUAACAGGUGUGCCUUAUUAAAAGUUAAUUUGUGGAAUUUAUUUCCUUCUUAAUGCAUUUGAGCCAAUCAGUUGUGUUGUGACAAGGUAGGAGUGGUAUACAUAAGAUAGCCCUAUUUGGUAAAAGACCAAGUCCAUAUUAUGGCAAGAACAGCUCAAGUAAGCAAAGAGAAACGACAGUCCAUCAUUACUAUAAGACAUGAAGGUCAGUCAAUACAGAACAUUUCAAGCACUUUGAAAGUUUCUUCAAGUGCAGUCGCAAAAACCAUCAAGCGCUAUGAUGAAACUGGAUCUCAUGAGGACCGCCACAGGAAAGGAAGACCCAGAGUUACCUCUGCUGCAGAGGAUAAGUUCAUUAGAGUUACCAGCCUCAGAAAUUGCAGCCCAAAUAAAUGCUUCAUAGAGUUCAAGUAACAGACACAUCUCAACAUCAACUGUUCAGAGGAGACUACGUGAAUCAGGCCUUCAUGGUCGAAUUACAUUGACAUUUUAGUCAUUUAGCAGACGCUCUUAUCCAGAGCGACUUACAGUUAGUGAGUGCAUACAUAAUUUUUUUUUUUUUUCAUACUGGCCCCCCGUGGGAAUCAAACCCACAACCCGGGCAUUGCAAACGCCAUGCUCUACCAACUGAGCUACAUCCCUGCCGGCCAUUCCCUCCCCUACCCUGGACGACGCUGGGCCAAUUGUGCGCCGCCCCAUGGGAAUUGCUGCAAAGAAACCACUACUAAAGGACACCAAUAAUAAGAAGAGACUUGCUUGGGCAAAGAAACACGAGCAAUGGAUAUUAGACCGGUGGAAAUCUGUCCUUUGGUCUGAUGAGUCCAAAUUGUAGAUUUUUGUUUCCAACCGUUGUGUCUUUGUGAGAAGCAGUGUAGGUGAACGGAUGAUCUCCGCAUGUGUGGUUCCCACCAUGAAGCAUGGAGGAGGAGGUUUGAAGUGUUUGGUGUGGGGGUGCUUUGCUGGUGACACUGUUAGUGAUUUAUUUAGAAUUCAAGGCACACUUAACCAGCAUGGCUACCAAAGCAUUCUGCAGCGAUACGCCGUCCCAUCUGGUUUGCGCUUAGUGGGACUAUCAUUUGUUUACCAGGACAAUGACCCAACACACCUCCAGCUGUGUAAGGGCUAUUUGACCAAGAAGGAGAGUGAUGGAGUGCUGCAUCAGAUGACCUGGCCUCCACAAUCACCCGACCUCAACCCAAUUGAGAUGGUUUGGGAUGAGUUGGACCGCAGAGUGAAGGAAAAGCAGCCAACAAGUGCUCAGCAUAUGUGGGAACUCCUUCAAGACUAUUGGAAAAGCAUUCCAGGUGAAGCUGGUUGAGAGAAUGCCAAGAGUUUGCAAAGCUGUCAUCAAGGCAAAGGGUGGCUACUAAAAUAUAAAAUAUAUUUUGAUUUGUUUAAAACAUUUUGGGUUACUUUGUAAUUCCAUAUGUGUUAUUUCAUAGUUUUGAUGUCUGCACUAUUAUUCUAUAAUGUAGAAAAUAGUAAAAAUAAUUGCACAAUUCAUGCUGAACAAAUUCCUCCUGUUGUGAAUAGAUAUCAUAGAAUCACUAGGCCACGAAAAACCCUUGAAUGAGUAGGUGUGUCCAAACCUUUGGCUGGUACUGUACAAAUAAGGCCCUCUAGCUCAUUUGCAUUGCAUUACAUUAGUUUGCAUUCCAUUAUUGCCCCUUAUAUACUGUAUACAGUAGCAACAGGAUGGAUUUGAAGACCAACAUAGCCCCUAGCAGUAGGGCUUCAGCCUGUCUUACCAUGUGCCAGAAUGUGAACAAUUCCUCCUGCUAUAUGAUAUGAUAUAGAAAACCCCAGAAAUGAUAAGUCAUAAUUCAGCUCAAUACUCUUGUGAAGUCAGAGAGAGGGCAUUGGGUGAGACGUAUAUAAAAAUCUCAUAUUGUGUGGUAGGCUUUUUAUGUGACAACCUCGUAUAAAUGUAACAGUGUUCCUUCCGUCCCUCUCCUCACCCAUACCUGGGCUUGAACCAGGGACCCUAGCCAUUUCACACUGGUUACAUAAAUAAUGGCCGAAAUCAAAAAUGGAAAAAAUGAAAUGAGGGCAUCUUCAAUCAGAUUGCUGCAUCAUGAAAACAAGAACGCUCUGACGACUAAUUCCAAAUGCCAUUCGAAGGAAGGGAGUUUUUAACAUUCUAUCUGACUGGCGUCCUCUGUGAAUGGUGCUUUUAGGUGCAGUGUUGUCAUGGGGACAUAGAAGCAUCUCAGACUCUGCAACAGACACACUGCCCCUAACAGCAAAAUAUUCCACAUGAAAGCCAACAGCUAGUGUGGUUUGCUUUAUAGCUUUUACCCCUGAUUAUCAGAGGGGCUAGGAAACCAUUAGCACUCUCAAUAUCAACGAGGUACAGAUGCGUUGAAGAUUAUGGAAAAUAGCCUGCCUACCCUACCUCUCUGCAUACUGCAGUCUUUGCAAGUCUCAAAUACUUACAGGCGCUGCACAUUAUUCAUGUGAUAAGCAGAAACGACCUGCCGUUUGCAGAACUUUGGUUACUUCAAAGCCAAGUUCACGUUUUAUUAAUGAAGUCAUUUAUUUUUAUUUUAUGUGACGUAGCUACCUGUAACUGUACAUGGCUGGAACAUAAUAACAAGCAGCUUGGGACAUAGAGAGAUCUCUAGUGUAUUGCCUAACUGCCCACCUGCAUCCUGCUGUCUCUCACCCUGCCACUCUCCCUCUUCCGUUUUUGGAUCUUUGAACUACAAAGCUUGCAACUGAAGACACAUGAAAGAUAUCUAGGAUUAAGUGUCCCCUGCUUCUCUCUCUCUCUCUCUCUCUCUCUCUCUCUCUCUCUCUCUCUCUCUCUCUCUCUCUCUCUCUCUCUCUCUCUCUCUCUCUCUCUCUCUCUCUCUCUCUCUCUCUCUCUCUCUCUCUCUCUCUCUCUCUCUCUGCCACUCUCUCAUUGCCUUCCCUGUCACUUCCUGCUAAAACUUGAAGCUUGCUGAAAGUCUAGCAUGCCUCUCCAUUUCUCUGUUUUUCCAUCUCCCAUUUCUCAGUUUCUCUGUGCCCCUCUAUUUCUCUCUGUUUCCCUGUUUCUAUUUCUCUCUCUCUUUCUCUUUCUGUCUGCCAUUCUCUCACUCCAUUCCCUGUCUUCCAGGUUCUUCAAUAACAUUACGCUGAGUGGCCGGGACUACUCGUUCAACAGCGACGGCUACCUGUCCAAUCCGGUGCUGGACGUGAUUUCCUACUCCGAGGGGAAAGGCUGGGAGGAGGUCAGUGAGUUAGUGUGCUAACCGCUAAUUAGUUGACACGCUCGCUAUCCUGGCUAACCACCAUUUAAAAUCAAAUCAAAUUGUAUUUGUCACAUGCACCGAAUACAACAGGUGUAGUGCUUUCAGUGAAAUGCUUACUUACAAGCCCUUAACCAACAAUGCAGUUUUAAGAAAGAAUACCAAAAAGAAUCACACAAAAAAAUACAAAAUAAAAUAAUACGAAAUAAAAGUAACAAAUAAUUAAAGAGCAGCAGUAAAAAUAACAAUAGCGAGGAUAUAUACAGGGGGUACCGGUACAGAGUCAAUGUGCGGGGGCACCGGUUAGUCGAGGUAAUUGAGGUAAUAUGUACAUGUAGGUAGAGUUAUUAAAGGGACAAUGCAUAGAUAAUAAACAGAGAGUAGCAGCAGCGUAAAAUAGGGGGUGGGGGGGGGGGGGGGGGGCAAUGCAAAUAGUCUGGGUAGCCAUUUGAUUAGAUGUUCAGGAGUCUUAUGGCUUGGGGGUAGAAGCUGUUUAGAAGCCUCUUGGACCUAGACUUGGUGCUCCGGUGCCGCUUGCCGUGCGGUAGCAAAGAGAACAGUCUAUGACUAAGGUGGCUGGAGUCUUUGACAAUUCUUAGGGCCUUCCUCUGACACCGCCAGGUCCUGGAUGGCAGGAAGCUUGGCCCCAGUGAUGUACUGGGCCGUACACACUACCCUCUGUAGUGCCUUGCAGUCGGAGGCCGAGCAGUUGCCAUACCAGGCAGUGAUGCAACCAGUCAGGAUGCUCUCAAUGGUGCAGCUGUACUUUUACACCCAUCAAGUCUGGCUAACUCAUCCUCACACACACAUACACACACUCUCUCCCCUCACCUUGCUAACCACGCUAACCGCACUAUCACAGUUCAUCGGAUGUGCCUACUUACUCCUCCUUAACGUUUUGUCAACCUUGUUAGCUUUCGUUAACAGGCUAACUCGACGUCUAAUGUUUUUUCCCCCGAGAGAGAGAAAGCCCAUGUGCUUGCCUCAGCUCUCCGUUCACUCCAUUCCUGCUGUUUUCAACUAACCUUUCAUCACUCUGGAUGUUUUCCCACAUUGUUGCCUCAAGGCGUAGUGAUUCCAUGAUAUCCAUUCACGACAGGAGUAAUUUGUUCAGCAUGAAUCGUGAUAUGCCUCCAUACUGUCAAGGUGGGUUAAUCUCACCCAGUUGCAGCUGUAUGAUAACAUGGUCCCUGUAGUAGCGCUCCUUAUGUUCAUUUCCCAUCUCCUCUGAGUGCUCUGAUCAGUUGGGUUUGAGUGAACAAGCAGUGGACGAUUGAGCUCUGGGACCAGUUUUUGACCCCAGACUACAUUACAUGAUGGAAAAGGUCAGACCACUUCAAAUCAAAUCAAAUCAAAUUGUAUUGGUCGGAGACACGUUUACACAUGACCGCUUAUGAUAUACCGUGCGUCUAUAGUCUCCAUAGAUCCAUAAAUACUGUGACUUACUGUUCCCUAUAGUAUAAAAUAACCACCAUUUCAAAUAUUAGGAUAAUAAUAUACGUGUAGGCCAUUCCAUGGUCGACAUAUGUAUACGUCUAAUACAUUGCAGUGAUAUUAGAACCUAUCAACUUCAAGUGACCCUGAAGAAGAACUGAGGAAAUGGUUCUCUCAAAGUACUCACUUGAAUUAAUUAGUGAAUCACUUCAACACAGGUCGCGUUCGCUUCUGGUCUCGGCUUGACCACCGAGACACCGAAACACUCUCAAGUGUUUAGUACAUGCCACACUUACCACAAACCGCCGCGGUGAACAAAAGAGACACUGCGUCGCACAAAGGCUUCCUUUUUUCCUCCUCACGCUCCAUAUACUUUCUAAUUGGCUCUAAAUGAUCUCCUGCAGGUUGGCACGUGGCAGAACGGUGUUCUGGAUCUCAUUAUCCAGCCCUUUUCACGCUACGGCUCCUUCCUCAAGCCGCUGGAUGACACCCAGCACCUCAGGGUGGUCACCCUGGAGGAGAGGCCCUUUGUCAUUGUGGAGCCCGCCGACCCAGGCACCAACUCCUGCAUCCGGGACUCGGUGCCCUGCAGACUACCACUCAACACCACCAAGUAAGGCAUGCUACUGUGGUAGAUGUUUUACCAUGAACUACUCUGGUCUAACCAUGCAGAUAUUUAACUAUAACUGACCAUGGUUUAACCAUUCAGAUGUUUUAACCAUGACCAACAUGUAACCAACAUAGUUUAAAUGUUGUAGCUAUCAUAAGUGUAAAGGGUAAUACAAAAAAUGUAAUUGUGGUUGUCCAUGUUGCUCCUCAUUAUUGAUAUAGUUUAUUGAGAGUGUGUUUCAAAUACAAUGCUUUAUUCCACCCUCCCUAAAAAGACCAUAAUACCUUCUAAAAGUAUGAUGUCGCAUGGUUACGUUCCCUCCCCUCAAGCCAUUCAGGGAAAAUAAUUGCAGAAAAUGUGCAAAGAUUUAGCAACUGAAUUGCUGUAAAUAAGUAAUAAAGCCUUUAAACUUUUAAAAUGUCUUUAUAAUUGUCAAAGUAAAUCUAUGCAAUGAGCCACAAUGGUGCACAGUGACCCUAUGACAUCAUCAGCUUCAGUGCUCUACUAUAGAUUUUGACAAACAGCUCUGGGUUACACACACGGUGGAAAUAUCAUUUGAAAUAUUAAACGGGGCGGCAGGUAGCUUAGUGGUUAAGAGCGUAGUGCCAGUAACCGAAAGGUCGCUGGUUCUAAUCCCCGAGCCGACUAGGUGAAAAAUCUGUCGAUGUGCCCUUGAGCAAGGCCUUUAACCCUAAUUGCUCUGGAUAAGAGCGUCUGCUAAAUGACUAAAAUGUAAAAUGUAAAUGUAAACGGUUCCAAACAAAACCUUACAUUUGAACUUUUGAUUGAAGUUCCCCUUUAAAGUAACUUUUUGGGACGCAGCAUAGUCUAACCAGUAACCACAUGCUUUGCCCGUUUUCUCAUUGACAUGCUGUUGUAUAUUCUCUCUUGUCCUCUUUUAUAAACUCUCACUCAGUGUUGCACAGUCUGUCCUGGUCUCUGGAGGUCUGCUGAGUGUGUUGUGUGUUCCCAGUCUGUCUCUGAUAAGAUGUCUGGUAACAAGGCCUGCUGAAAGUUCCAUAAAUUGUAUUGGCUCAGGGAGAUUGCCCCAGUUAAUCAGCCUGGUUUGUACAUUCCAUUGGAAUCUUAACACCUGCAGUGACUGGUUGGUUAUCAUAGUGGGCAUACAGGGAGGGACCACACAUUGAUAUUUGGCCAGUUAAAUUUAGCUUUUGAUCUGUCAUCAGGCUUUUUCUGUAGACAUUCCUGUUGUAAAGCUACAUGCUUGGAAAGAGUCCACGUAUGUCCUGUUAAAAUUCCUCGUCCCCUGCUGAGGAUAACCCACCCAGAAAAAUUGCAAUUCAUCCAGUUUUAAAGCAGUCCUCCUUCUCCUCUCCUGUCUGUUCUGAUAUGCCUCCCUUCUCUAAAACUGAGCAGCUCAGGCAGUAUUGAUCCAGCUAAUACAGCUCUCGCUAAUAAUUCAUACAUUCCACUUGUCCUUCUGUGUCUCCCUUCUGUUUCUCUCUCUCCUCUGCCUCCUGUCUCUCCCCUCUCCCUCCCUGUCUUUUUCUCCUUCCCUCCCCCGCUCUCUCUGUAACCACAGUGUGCCGGUGGAUGAGAAAUCGUCGAAGCACUGCUGCAAAGGCUUCUGCAUUGACGUCCUCAAGCGAUUGGCCAAAAUAGUGGGCUUCUCUUAUGACCUCUACCUGGUGACCAAUGGCAGACACGGGAAGAGGGGGAGUGAUGGGCAGUGGAAUGGCAUGGUCGGGGAGGUCAGGGGUCAUGUAUUUCUUCUUCUCUCUUUCUUUUCGUAUUCAAAAAACGUAUUCAAGGGGUGCCAUGCAAUUCCUCCUUUAAAUCCCCUAAAAGUAAACGGGAGACAGAAUGAGACCAAGAACUGUCAAAUAGAUUAGUAUUCCCAUGGAGAAGGAACUAGGGAGUGUUUGGCGUGGAGUCUUGGGCAAAUGCCUCGUUAUUUCCAGGGAAGACAAUCCCCCUCUGGGUGCCGGGAUUAAUACGGGUGGUUAACAGAGAAGAGAUGGGGCUGUGUCAGCCCACAUGCACAGUGACAGCACAGCUAAGGGUGUGUUGUUGUGUUUACACAACCACCGGGGGCUAGGCUCCUGCUACCAGGUGCAGGUGUCCCUUUUCCCCCACCGCGAGGCUCCUCAGUCGCUCAACUCACUCUCGGAUCUCAUUAACGUAACCAUUUUACAACUGAGACAGCUGGAAGUGAAUGCCUGUGAACGUGAAUGGGCCCGUUUCUUUCUGUUCCUAACUGCAGUUCCCCUCCCGCCCACCAGGUGGUUUAUAAACGGGCCGACAUGGCCAUUGGCUCCCUGACCGUCAACAAGGAGAGGUCAGAGGCUGUGGAGUUCUCCGUGCCCUUCGUGGAGACGGGCAUCAGCGUCAUGGUCUCCCGUAGCAAUGGCACCGUCUCGCCGUCGGCCUUCCUUGGUGAGCAGGGCUGACUAAGCGCUUAUGAAGGUCUAUGAAGGGCAUAUGAUGGGCUAUGAAGGGCCUAUAAUGGGCUAUGAAGGGCCUAUGAUGGGCUAUGAAGGGUCUAUGGUAACACACAAUACCUGACAUACCCCAACCAACGUUACCCCCCAUUAACAAGGAAAACCUUGAUUUCUCGCUCUUGGUUUAGUAUCAAAGUUGUCAAGCCCGGUUUCACAGGCUUCUCAAACAAAAUCCAUAAACCCGUUGAUAUUUUCAUUUUGUCUUGUAUUUUUCACUGUAGCAUUUGGUGAAAUGCAGUAUUCCAAUAGGCUAUGCCCCCCCCCCCCCCCUCAGUAAUGAAGGGUGAAGAUAUUUCAGAGUAAAAUAUGUCUCUAAGAUAACACCUCUACAUUUCAAAUUUCCUUAGCAUAAUUCCAGACUUUGCCCAACCAUGUAGAGACAGAGACUCAGUCUGCAGACAAGACUGACAUCUUAAAGCUACAGCCAUCGAUUAAGACGUGAUGGUGCGUCUAUAUCUGCAGCCAGAUCUUAGAUAAUCCAGUGUGAAAUACACCAAGAUAAUGGCAGCUCAUCAGAUAUGACUCAGUAUUACACAGUAAUCUGGCCAUAGGAGGCGGCUGUGCUGUAUGUAAAACAAGCUAGUUCAGACAUAAACUCAAGUAGCACAGACUGGAUGUGGUCGUAGUUUCAGACACUCAAACAGCACAUACUGUAUGUCAUUUUUCCCCACUGAAUGAUCCAUUUCAAACAUGGAUGUUUAUCUAUCUGUCAAGUAAGAUUUAGUAGACAAUCUGGACAUGUACUGUAUCCAACCUGGAGUUUUCUUAUCCCAAGGCCAUUUCACCUGAAUCAAGGGUCACUGAUUUGAUGGUAACAUAAGGGUCCUUGGCUUGGUCUUAGUAUGUCUUAGUUGGCCAGAGCACAGAGUAAUCUCUUGCCAAGAAAAUCUUGGAUCUUCAAGACUGACCCUUUCUGUAAGGUUGUUUUCUUGAGACCAUCAACCAUUUUGUCAACCGUCUUGGUUUGACCUUAAUUGUUUUGAGCUUGUAAGUUACUCCUAUAUGACUAGAGUCAGACAGAAUCUGAGCCUCCAAAAAUUAUUUAAAGAAAAUUCCGUAUUCCACUUGUGUAAUAACAAAACCUCUUAAUUUCAUGAAACACAUUAAUACAUGUAAUUACAACGUUACUUCACAGGUAUCAAAUCAACAUCAUGUUACCACAAAACAACCCCUUUAGAUUCCUCCUAUCCCUACCUAUGACACAAGUGUAGUUGUUUGAGAAUGGCUUUUUUGUACAAUUCCCUCCUUGGCUAUUUUCCAAUGUUGGAUGCAUUUGCAGUUCGUUUUGGUUGUGUUUCAGAUAAUUUUGUGCCCAAUAGAAAUGAAUGGUAAAUAAUGUAUUGUGUCAUUUUGGAGUCACUUUUAUUGUAAAUAAGAAUAUAAUAUGUUUCUAAACACUUCUACAUUAAUGUGGACACUGCAAUGAUUACGGAUAAUCCUGAAUGAAUCGUGACUAAUGUAAAUUACAGAGGGUCAAAGAUCAUACCCACAAGUCAUGCUAACCUCUCACCAUUACCAGUAACAGGGGAGGUUAGCAUGUCUUGGGGGUAUGAUCUUUGACCCUCUGUAACUUUCUGACUCAUCAUUAUUCACGAUUCAUUCAGGAUUAUCCGUAAUCAUGGUAGUACCCACAUUAAUGUAGAAGUGUUUAGAAACAUAUUCUAUUCUUAUUUACAAUAAAAGUGACUCCAAAAAAACACAAUACAUUUUUACCAUUCAUUUCUAUUGGGCACAAAAUAAUCUGAAACAAAACCAAAAUGAACUGCAAAUGCAUCCAACAAGUUUGCAGAGUCACAAGCUUGAUGUAGUCAUUGCGUGCUAGGAAUAUGGGACCAAAUACUAAACCUUUGACUACUUUAUUAAUAAGAAUCUUUAGGGGUGUCAAUAAUUUUGACCCCUAUCUUUUGGAGAUUUUUUUGUAUUACAUAUUAAACAAAAUCUCUUUCUCUGAGCAAUUUUAUUAGUAUAAAAUAAUACAAUUUCCCAAUUCUUUGGAGUGUACAAUAUAGCUCAGUAUUUGAAUUAUUUAUUUUAUACAGUCACUAUUGCUGAUCUUUUCCAGGGUGUCAAUAAUUUCGGACCACACUGUAUAUAGGGAAUUGUAGGGUACUACUUUUGACAAGGGCCCGUAGAGUGCCAUUUGGGAUGCAUCCAUAGCUUCCUUCUAAUUAGUAAGCUAGUGAGAACCUUGGAACAGAACCCUUGUCUUUGUGUUGUGAUGUUUCAGAGCCGUACAGCCCAGCUGUGUGGGUGAUGAUGUUCGUCAUGUGCCUGUCCGUGGUCGCCGUCACAGUCUUUAUUUUCGAGUUCUUCAGCCCCGUUGGCUACAACCGCAGCCUGCAAAGUGCAAAGAGUAAGUCAUUUAUUACAGUAUGGUCAUUAUUAUUUUAGGUUAUCCCCAUUGAAGCAAUUUAAGUAGGCGUGAUGAGUUACAUGCCAGUGUGAGUACCCUGGGGAUAUUUAUGUUCCAUAUUCUUCCUCUCAUCUAUCGAGAGAGAAGAGAGAGCGAGAGAGAGAGGAGAGGGGAGAAGGAGAGGGAGAGGAGCGAGAGAGAGAUAGAUAUCGUACUGUGCCUCGUACUCUCUAUCGCGGUCGCUAUCUAUAGAUCUCUCUCUCUUUGGCUUUUUCUCUCUUCUUCUCUCUCUCUCUCUCUUUCUUUCUUUUUUCUCUCUCUCUCUCUCUCUCUCUCUUUCUUUUUCUCUCUCUUUCUCACUCACUGUCUCUCACACUCCCCCCCUCUGUCUGUCCCCCUUAUCUCUCUCUAUCCAGAGACAGGGGGCUCUAAAUUCACCAUAGGGAAGUCUAUCUGGCUGCUGUGGGCUCUGGUCUUCAAUAACUCAGUGCCUGUGGAGAACCCCAGAGGAACCACCAGUAAGAUCAUGGUGCUGGUGUGGGCCUUCUUCGCUGUCAUCUUCCUGGCCUCCUACACGGCCAACCUGGCAGCCUUCAUGAUCCAAGAGGAGUACAUCGACACUGUGUCUGGCCUCAGCGACAAGAAGGUGUGUUGAGUGAGGAGGGCGUUCUGAUCCAAGGCCAAGGUGGCCAUGAUGUCUGUUUUCAUACCACAUCGGCAUCUUCAUUAUUCCCACUUGCACAUGACCUGUUUAUGGAUUGGUGAAGGCAUUGUCUGGAGGGAGUCUCCAUUAUUGUUAAUCCAUGACGGGAAUGUGCAAGUGCACGCUUCAGGAGAAGGGUGGAGAAUCAGAGUUCGCCUGGAAGUCAAUAAAAGUAGAAGUUUUUUGUUGUGCUGGAGGUUGGUCUAGUGGUAAUGCUGCUGCCACCUUCGGACAACUUAUGCAUUGGUCCGUCUCAAUUCUCUCCCUUUCUGAAGAUCUCUGUAAUAAAAAUUAUAUUUGGGGGGAAAUAGAAGAAGCCUUUUUACAUGAGAUCUAAGGACAUUGGGUGGGCACUGGACAGCACAGCCAAAAAUCACAACAUCUCAAAAGAUAGACACUCAACUUGCUGAGUUGGUGUUGGAGAUUUGAGCCGCAAUCUUUUCAAAUGUUCUUGCGUUUUGGCAGCUCUUUGAUUUUUGACACGUUGCUUGAGGUAUUGUCCACCUGUCUAACUUCCGUAGAUCUCUAUGCAUGCAUUAUUUACGAUGUAAUGUACUCGUCACUCACCUCUUACCCUGAAUCCCCUCAUCAACCGCUAGUUCCUCCUCUAUCCCCCCAGUUCCAGCAACCCACUGAGCAGUACCCCCCGCUCCGAUUUGGCACCGUCCCCAAUGGGAGCACGGAGGAGAACAUCCGCAGCAACUACGCCAACAUGCACAACUUCAUGAUCCGCAACAACCAGAAGGGCGUGGAGGAGGCCAUCGACAACCUCAAGACUGGGUCAGUUUGUGUGUUUGUGAAGAUGACAUCCCUUUCAUUUCAUUGCAUCCAACCAGGGCCAUGUUCAUUAGGCACCAAACGGAAGAAAACAGACUGAAACAGGGAGGGACUACCUAGACUUGUCCAAUAAGAAACGCACAUUUUCACUUUCCGUUGCAUUUAUUUUUCCGUUAUGUGCCGUAAUGUACACGACCCAGCAUAGCAACCUCUUAGCAACAAUUAUCUCCCCAGGAGGUCCUGUUAUAUUGUAUGUUUGUUUGUCUCUCUGCUGGUGUCUAUAGUGCAACAUAUGAUUUCUGCUUACAUUCGAUAAAACGUACACUUAUCAUGUUGGAAGCAUGAGGGUAGUUAUAACAAAUUGUGCGCCUCAUGCAGAGGAGAGACACUUAAUCACUUCCCCAAGACGACUUGACCACCAGCAGCCUAUUCCUCACCCAGACUUGACGUACCGUGUUAUUAAACCUCACAUGAUGCAUUCUCACUUAUCAUCUCCCUCUCAUCCCCAUGUCUCUCCCCUCCCUCCCUCCCCUUCAGCAAACUAGAUGCCUUCAUCUA